AUGGACGCUCCUUCACUGGAUGACAAUAUUUCACUCGAAGCCUGUCGGAAACAGAAGAACCUAGAUCCUUUUGAAAAAAGACUAUUUUGCAUUCUGAACGAUGUGCUCCAACCUGACGUCUCUUUGCCAUCGGAAGCCGCUAGGCUCGUUAACAAGUUGAUCGAAGAAAAGAACUCGGUGAAAGAAACGGAAGACUUUCUAUGGUUGUUUUGGGGUCUUGUCAUUCGAUGCAUUCGACUGGUGCCACACACCCACCCGAAUCAAAUUGUUAACUCCGGGAACAAAGUCAAUAUAAACAGUGGAAAUGCCGAGGAAAUUGCACAGUGGAUUAACCAAAACUCCUUCAUGGCCAGACUGGUGGGUGAAGGCUUGCUCGACUGGACCAACCUGGUCAUCUGGAUGAUGCGCGAAGCUCUGGAAGAGUCUCCAUCCCAAGGACAAUCGUCAGCCGACUGUUAUGUGUUAGUGGUGGGUGAAUGGAUGACCUAUGCGGGAGAAGUAAUCUUCCACCAAGUCAACGAUGAACAUCUCACCGAGCAACAGCAAAGGAUGACGAAGGGAGGCUCUCUCUACCGCGGUAAUGCGGGCCUGUGCCGAGAGAGAUGGGACUUUUGGAGAACACGGCUUGGGGAGCUCGGCCAAGUUGUCUCACCAGAUGCACAGCCAAUUGCACGAAGUGCACUAGAGAGGAUGGCGGAUAUUGAAAGGACAUGUAAACAUCGACCUUGA